UUUCAGCCGAUGGAGCUUAACUGUCGACAAAUAGGCUUAGGAGGGGUCGCUAUGGCAACGAGUAAGCGCUCAAAUGCUACAUAAGCACUUAAUCGAAGGGCCGCGAACCAGGCGGUGGUGCCCCCCAACCUCCAGAAACAAGUCAAGGCAGGCCAGAGGAGGAGGAGGAAGAGGAGGGAGGAGAGGAGUGAAGGGGAGUGCUUCUUCUUUCUUCAGCUGUCUGUUCUCUCUUCAGCAUCCGUCUGUCUGAUUUCAGAUUUUUCAGAUUCUGCUUUUCGGUGAUUUUGUUUCUUGUGGACUCCACAACAAAACUGAAGAAACAGAAAAAGACAAAGAACAAGGAGGAGGAGGAGCAGGAAAGAUCAUGGCCUCCUGGUUCAGUUGGAACGAGCCUUAUUCCCGGCGCCCCCGUCGGGAUCCGGCUGAUGUAGUCACAGACACCCUGAUGCUGGAGUUCAGCUGGCAGCUGAAGGACGCAGAGAGGCAGCAGAGAGAGAGGGAGAAUGAGUACCGGCGUCUCAAGACAGGAGUGGACUACAGCUGGCUGGCCAGCACUCCUCGCUCCUCCUUCAACAUCAGCACUGGGGAGCGGCUGGGCCUGGAGGAGCUCUGUUCCAAAGUGCCACCAUCCUGCUGCGGCCUGGUCUUACUGAAGUUCAGGGAGGUCAUGCAGGCCAACGAGCCUGACGUGCAGGAGGUGUCUUGUCUGUUCCGCUCAGUUCUCCUGGAGGCUCUGUAUCACAUGAAGGAGGAGCAGGAGGCACAGCGGCUCGCUCGCCAAUGGAACAACAAACGCGCUAUGAGUUUAUCUCUCAUGAACUUCAGGUCCCGGAUCAAGAUCAACCCUUUUGGAAGCACAGUGGGCCUGACCUCAGCUGCGGCUGAAGGGGGGGGGUUAAGCGACCUCAAAACAGUGUCGGAGGAUGUGGAAAGAGGGAUGGAGAGGGAGAUGGCACAGAGGAUGUGGAACAUGCCGGACUUCAGAUACAAAGGAACAAACAGCAGUAAGAUCGUCUGAUGUGGAUCGAUACCAGUAAA